AUGUGCAGUCUGGUGCGCCCCAGCGACGUCUUUGACCUCUUCGAAAUGCAACACCUCAACUUCGUCAAUCUUCCCGAAAAUUAUGUAAUGAAAUACUUUUUCUUUCACUCUUUGUCGUGGCCGCAGCUCCCCACUGUAGCCCAGGACGGCCAGGGCAAGCUUGUCGGCUACGUCCUCGCCAAGCUAGAAGAUGAAAAUAGACAGUUUCAAAAACCCCACGGCCACGUCACUUCUGUUGCUGUUAUGCGCCAAAACCGAAAACUCGGACUCGCCUCCAAACUCAUGAGACUCUCCCAAAGAGCAAUGCAAAAAGUCUUCGGGGCGGAGUUCGCGGCGCUGCAUGUCCGCGUCACCAACAGGGCCGCUUACGCCCUUUACAGCAAAACCCUAGGCUACAGAGUGCAUGAUAUUGACAAGAGUUAUUAUGCAGACAAAGAAGACGCUUUUAACAUGAGGAAUUACUUUUGUAAAGACAAACGCGUGAAAGGCCGCCGCCAAAACGAUUCUCAAGAAGACAAGACGCAGACGCCAGGUGAAGCAGCAACAGAGCAGCCCACGGCAGCAACAGCAGCAGCAGCAACAACAGCAGCAGAAGCAGCAGCAACAGCAACAACAGCAGCAACAACAGCGGAAACGUCAGCAACUAAUUCCAACAAAGGAGCAGCAGCGUCGCCCCAAACAUCUCCAUCAGCAGCAGCAACGAGCAGCAGCAGCAACAGCAACAGCAGCAGCAGCAGCAGCAGCAGCAGCAAAAACAGGAGGAAGAAGCGCUAG